AUGGGGCAAAUCCGAGCGUUCGCGGUCAGGGCCACGAGCCCGCGCUUCCACGGGCUCCUCCUCUCGUCUGACAUCACGGGGCUCAUCGAAGCUUUACGGGGCACCCGCGACGCCUGGAACUCAGAGCUUCCGUCAGGUGAAACCGACAAAGAAGCAGAGAGCCCAAAGGAGGUGCCAGCUAACCGGCACCCCUCGAAAGACAGCCAGCGCCAUGCCGCUGGCUCGGCCCGCCGAGAUCGCUCAACGCACCCGCGUGCCAGCCCCAGCGACGGAGGACACACGGCGUGCACCCAGCCAGUCAGUCUCCACGCGGCAGGCCGACACACCGUCGUAGCGGUGACACGAAGGGGUCGCUGGAAACGGGAAACGACACCACCGCUCGUCCUCAGGCACCUGACGGACGACCUGGAGCGCUCCAGGGGCACCACCAAGGACCGGGCGACACACACCCACACACCCGGGGGAGCGUGUGGCCGGCGUCCGUCCACGUGCCCCCCUACCCCACCCGGGGCUCCACCUGCCUCUCGAGCCGGUCCCCACCUCCGGACCCAGAGGCUUUCGGAAAACUUGGCGAUAGAAAUCCAGUGCGACGACCCGGACCCACGCGGUCACGUGUCCGGGACGGGGACGCCCUCUCCCCGGCCCACCCUCGAGGGCGGGGGCCGGUCCGCGCUCUCCUCCGGAGUGGGACUUGAAAAACAUCCCUCGGAGUCGCCUCCGACGACCGGGCCGCCACCACGGACGGCCCGGGCCGGUCGGUCCCCACCGCCAGAGCGGGACUCGGAAAACGCGGUGAGAAAAGUCGAGUCCGACGACCCGGAGCCACCCGUGCACGCGGCCGAGCCGCCGCCGUCUCGCCCUCCACGGGCCUCCCCGCAAGGCCCGGGCCGGUCCCCGACCUCCGGAGCGGGGCGCGAGCAAGAAACCGGUGACACGGAGGGCCCGACGACCCGGGCCGCACGGGGGACGCCAGCCGGGCUCGGGAACUCCCCCCCCACCUCGCCGGCCCCGGUCGGUCCCCGAGGGUCGCAGUGGCACCGGCGUCUGCUGGUCGACCCGUCCGGGCGGCCCCGCACACCCGCCGGCCUCGAGGAGCGCGGCGACAGCCACCUCCCCACACUCUCCUCGGGACGGAUCCGGAUCCCUGGCCGGCCGGGGCGCGCAGCCGGGCCGCCUGGCGGCCCGACCCCGUCCCGACCCACCCCGGGUCCCAUCUCCCGGCCCGGCGCGGCCAGGGGGCAUCCGCCUCGGGGCUCCCAGCCGGCACGGCGCGACCCCGGCCGCCGGAGAGGGACUCGGAAAACGUGUGUGUUUCGGGCGCUCGCCCGUGAGGGGACGGGGAACAUUCCCUCAGAGACGCCAGCAGGGGCGCCGGGACUGCCGGCACCGGCUGGCUUCCCGGGGUGGCCCCGGGCGCUUCCCGGGCGCUUCCCGGGCUCCCGGGAGGACUCAGGGAAACGCGGCGGGCGGGGCACCGCCAAAACGAAACCGGGCGAGUCGUCAGAGGACGACGACGACAGGGGAACGACGGAGCAACUGUCCGCAUCCCGUCACUUCCAACCCGCGACGGCUUCCCAAGGCGGGCAGGCAAAGCCCAGAGGCCGCCGGGGAAACGACGGCGACGCCUGA